UUUUUAUUAUUAUUAUUUAUUUAUUUUUUUUACAGCUUAUCUCCAAAACUAAACAGUGUUUAUUAACCAGGUAAUAAUGAAGCUCGUGGAACUGAAAAAGCUGAAAGUGUCGGAGCUGCGGUCCAGACUGGAGGCUGCGGGUUUGAGCAGCAGAGGACUGAAGGCUGAGCUGGUCAGCAGACUGUGGUCCGCGUCCCAGGCAGGGCCAGAGGACAGCACGGAGACACAGCCCCCAAAAGACAAAUCAAGGCCAGAGGACAGCACAGAGACACAGCCCCCAAAAGACAAAUCAAGGCCAGAGGACAGCACAGAGACACAGCCCCCAAAAGACAAAUCAAGGCCAGAGGACAGCACGGAGACACAGCCCCCAAAAGACAAAUCAAGGCCAGAGGACAGCACGGAGACACAGCCCCCAAAAGACAAAUCAAGGCCAGAGGACAGCACGGAGACACAGCCCCCAAAAGACAAAUCAAGGCCAGAGGACAGCACAGAGACACAGCCCCCAAAAGACAAAUCAAGGCCAGAGGACAGCACAGAGACACAGCCGCCAAAAGACAACUCAACGAGGCCAGAGGCGCCGAUGGAGAACCUGGAGCCCCUCACUGUGUCCUCCGGUGGGUUCAGUGACGUUUCGACACAGACUGACUUUGACCAACCCGAGGAGGUGGAGAAGGAGAGGAGACCUCUGUCAUCUGAAGAGGUCGGUAGAGGAAGAGCUUUUUAUGAGUUCAAAGAGGAGAUCCGCUACAAAAGGGCUAAAUUACCACAGCCCCCACCAGAGGGAGCGGAAGUAGAGAAGGAAGAUGAUGAUAAAGUCAGAAUAGAUCCAUAUUGUAGUCACCUCCACUUUGAAGUGGGCCCUGAUGGUACCUCUGGCCAGCCGCGGUUCUGGGACCGCUUCCCUUUGCUGUGGUCAGGUUGCAGGCUCACCCAUGGGGUGCUGCAGGGCAGGGUGGGCUUUGAGGUGAGACUCGAAAAGAAGUUGUUGAUGACACAGCUGGAGGGAAAAUCUGAGGACCACAGCACGGAGCCCUACGGUUUGAGAGUAGGCUGGUCACUGGCUGACACGUCUCUCCUGCUGGGUGCAGAUGAAUUCUCUUAUGCUUAUGUAGAAUGUGGUAAAAAAGUGUCAGGUGGAAGAGAGGAUGAUUUUGGAGAACCCUUCUCAGAGGGGGACAUCAUUGGCUGUUAUGCUUCUUUCUCUGUAGAUGGCACAGUUGAGCUCUCUUUCCGCACAAAUGGCCAUUUCAUGGGUGUGGCGUUUGUCUUAGAUUCCUCAGUGCUGCAGGGUCGUGCUCUGUUCCCUCACGCCUUCUGUAGGAGUUGUUCAAUCAGGUUCCUCCUGGACCCCACAGCUCCUCCAUGGUACCCCAGCCCGCCAGGGUUUACACCACUGGCAGCACUCCCCAGUAAGGAGAGGCUGCGUGCAACAUUGGCCCCUUCCUCCAAAUUACAGUGUGAGGUGGUGUUGAUGGUAGGUUUUCCUGGUUGUGGAAAGAGCCACUGGGCCAAGGCGUACAUGGAGCAGCAGCAGGAGAAACACUUCAAGCUUUUGGGCACAGAGGAGCUGCUCAGAUGCAUGAUGAGCGGAGGACAGAUGGACACCAGGCUUCAGCAGGCCACUCAGUGUCUCAGUAAUUUGAUCAAGCUGGCUGCUGAUAAACCAGGCAACUAUAUCCUGGACCAGUGUAACAUCUUGUUCUCAGCGCGGCGUUACAAACUUCACCUGUUUGCGGGCUUCAGACGGAGGGUGGUAGUGGUUUUCCCCUCAGCAGAUGAAUGGAAGAAGCGGCUGUCCCAGCACCAGGAGCGAGACGAGAAGAAAAUCCCAGAGACUGCGCUGCUUAAACUACAAGUGAGCUGCAGUCUUCCAGAGCAGCAGAGCGACCUGCUGGAGGAGCUGCAGUACGUUGAGCUGCCUCAGGAUCAGGCUCAGGUUCUUCUGCAGGAGUACAGAGAGGAGGCACGCAGACUGCUUCCCCCCACCCAAAAACAGGAGAAGAAACCUCGCCUUCAUAAGAAGAGACCCCAUCCUCAUGGUCCUCUUCCCUCUCGAUGGAAAGACACGAGGCUCAAUUUGCAGUCAUGGAGCCAACAGCCAGGAUACGUGAGUCAUGUUAAGAUUUCUCCGCAAGUCGGAUUAGCAGAGCAAGCUCACAACUUGUGUCUUUUGUAUUUCAGUGGAACGUGGCUUAUCCAGAUCAGAGUUACUACUACAGCAGCGAGUACGAGGGCUACUGCUGAACAAACCUCCAGAGUGCAGAACAGGAACCACUGAACAGACAAGGACAAUAAUUCUACUGUUGUCCCUUGUUACAGAGAGCUCACCCCAUGGGCUAGUAUACGGAGAACUGUUGUAUCUGUGCAUAUCUUGUUCCACCAUUCUCUCACAACCAGCUGCUACAUUUAUAAUUUAGAU